AUGUCUGCGGAAAUGAAUAGGCCGAUGGUAAUUGCACAGCUCGGACCAUUAAUGAAAAACAUUAAUUUGUCAUUCAUCGUUAUUGAUAUUGUGAUGGCAGUUUUAGGACAUUCAAGGCGAACACCUCAGGGUCAUGACGUCAGAACGGUUCGCGUCGCGGAUGCGACUGGCUCGAUUAGUAUGGGUGUUUGGGAUGAACUCGGUGGUUGCAUUUCAACAGGUGACAUAUGGCGUCUUAGGAAUGGUUAUACAACAGUAUAUAAGGGAACAUUAAAUUUAUCAUGCGGCAAACUUGGUGAUUUGCAAAAAACUGGUGAAUUCUUUAUGCUUUAUUCAGAAUUACCAAAUAUGAGCGAAUUUAGUGCAGAAUUAGCGGCAAAAUAUCCAACAUUACGAAAAGGGUCACCCGAUGAAGACGUAAACAACGGGCAGUCAGGUAACAACGGCUCAUCUGCACAAAAUGCACCAUCCGGUAAUUCAUCGGCUACGCAAAAAAGCCAACAAUCAUCAACACAAAGACCCAUAAAGCGAACAGGAUCACUGUCUAUUUCUCACACUCAAAUCACACGACGCGUUGAUUUACCGUUUCCAAAAAAUCCCAGACUAUUAUCAUAG